CCCCCCAACCCGCCCCCCAGGGCUGAUCCUGCUGUUCUACCUGGUGUUUUACGGGUUCCUGGCCGGGCUCUUCGCCCUCACCAUGUGGGUGAUGCUGCAGAGCGUCGACCCCCACGUGCCCAAGUACCAGGACCGGCUGCUGACCCCCGGGCUGAUGAUCCGUCCCUGCUCCGAGGGUCUCGAUGUCACCUUCAACGUGAGCCAGAGCCAGACCUGGCACCAGUACGUGCGGGCGCUGCACCAGUUCCUGGAGCCGUACAACGACAGCGUGCAGGCCGCCCGCAAUGCGGCGUGCGCGGCCGGGCGCUACAACGAGCAGCCCGACGACGCGGUGCCCAACUUCCCCAAGCGCGCGUGCCGCUUCGAGCGCUCGCGCCUCGGGCCCUGCGCCGGCCUCGGCGCCCGCGGCGACUUCGGCUACGCCAGCGGCCGGCCCUGCGUGCUCGUCAAGGUCAACCGGGUCAUUAACUUCUUCCCGGGCAAGAACAAGAGCAUCAACAUCGUCUGCGCCUCCCCUGCACACCCAUCCCUGGGAACUGGGAUUUGGGGAUCCCCUGGACACCAAAUCCUUGGGAAUUGGGAUUUUGGGAAUCCCCUGUACACCCGAAUUCCUGAAAAUGGGAUUUUUGGGAUCUUCUGGACAUCCAAAUCCUUGGGAAUUGGGAUUUUGGGGACCCCCU